AUGGGAGAAAAGCAAGAGUUGGAGUUUGAGGUCUUGUCCAAGCUGUACCAAGCACCAGUUGAGACUCUUCAGGGUAUCUUAAAAGGCAACAAGAUCAUCACAGAGCCAAACAAGGCAGACAAGACUAUGGCAGUGAAAGCCAUCUUGACAUGGCUGGAUAAGGAGGACAGUAGUGAUGACGGCAACACGACUGCUUUAUUACUACUGAAUGAUGCAUUGACAGCAAAUAAAAUCACAGUUAAGACAGAAAAGGCUCCAGAACCGAAACCAAGUGACACCAAGAACCAACAUCCAACCUUGUGUCAUAAAGACUUCAAAUUAAGUGGUAAGAAAGCCCCUGUUCAGAGAUCAUUCCAAGGUAGUUGGUUCGAUUCCCGUCCAUGGUUACACUACGAUGAGCCCCGCGAUCUUGCGUUCUGUCACGUGUGCAUGGUAGCUAAACGAGAUGGCAAGCUCACAUCUACUAAAGCGGACAAGGCGUUCCUUGAGUCAGGAUUCUCAAACUGGAAAGAUGCAACGGCAGGGUUCAAGAGCCACGAGAAAACAGAAUGCCACCAGGCAGCGGUCGAGCGUGUGGUCACCUUGCCAAAAGUGACCAAGGAUGUAGGUGAAAUGCUGUCAGUGUCACAUGCAAAUGGCAAAGAAGUCAACCGACAGUGUCUGUUAAAUGUCCUAUCUUCAAUCAGAUUCAUUGCCCGCCAAGGAUUAGCGUUGCGCGGUGAUGGUGACGACAGUGAAAGUAAUUAUAUACAGUUACUGAAGCUCAGAGGUGAAGAUGAUUCCAAAAUUCUAGACUGGAUAAAACGUAAAAAUGACAAGUAUACGUGUGCAGAGUCCCAAAAUGAAAUGUUGAAAAUCAUGGCGUUAUCCAUUCUGAGAGAUGUCGCACAGAACAUAAAGAAUUCUGUGUUCUACUCGAUCAUGGCAGAUGAAACCACAGACAAAUCAAACCGUGAACAAAUUGUGCUUGUGAUUAGACAUGUAAAUGAAAAUCUAGAACCACAAGAGGAAUUUAUUGGAUUAACCAAAGUGCCCUCAAUUGAUGCAGACACGUUGACCAAGACCAUCGAAGAUUGUCUGUUGAGAAUGAACCUGUCAUUGAACAAUUGCCGUGGUCAAUGCUACGAUGGGGCAAGCAAUAUGUCUGGUGCAAAAAAGGGCGUGGCUACUCAAAUCAACGAGAAGGAGCCCCGUGCAGUGUACACUCAUUGUUAUGGGCAUGCGCUGAACCUGGCUGUGGGCGAUACAGUGAAACAGUCUAAAACCAUGAGGGAUGCGCUUGACACGACUCACGAAAUUUCAAAGUUGUUGAAAUAUUCCCCUAAACGCGACAGUCUGUUCGAGAAAUUGAAGCAGGAACUCGCCCCUCAGACGCCGGGUUUUAGGACGCUGUGUCCCACUCGCUGGACCGUCCGUGCAGCUAGUCUGAAAAGUGUGGUAGAUAACUACAUAGUGCUACAGGAUCUAUGGGACGAGUGUGACUCCAAGGACUCGGAGAUCAGGGCUCGUAUACUCGGAGUGUCUGCACAGAUGAGGACGUUCGAAUACUUGUUCGGCGUAAUGCUUCCGCACGAAAUCCUUUCGUUGACGGACAACCUCAGCAAAUCUCUGCAGCAAGAGUCACUGUCAGCAUCUGAGGGCCAGCGACUAGCAAAGCGGACUCUGGACAGUUUGGUAAAUUUGCGCUCGGACGACAGUUUCGAUUCCUUCUGGACUACAGUUCAAAGCCAGAGUGAUCGCGUGGAUGUGAAUGAACCCGUUGUUCCCCGGAGGAGAAAGGCACCAAAACGGUAUGAGACUGGCGACGGUAUUGGGUACCAUCCCGAGACAGUGCAGACCGUGUUCCGGCCUAAGUACUUCGAGGCGAUCGAUCUUGCCAUGGCCAGUGUAAAGGACAGGUUCGACCAGCCGGGAUACCGUGUUCUUCAGAACGUCGAGGACCUGCUGAUCAAAUCUGCACAGCCAAUCAGGACAGAAGAGCUGGACUUUGUGUGUGAGUUCUAUGGUAGUGACGUCAACCGCGACAGAUUAGAGGCACAGCUACAGAUGCUACGUGCCCAUUUCGUGAACGCUGAACAGGGGAAAGUUGCGCUCGCUGACGUCAUGAAAUUUCUGUCAGACCAGUCAGUGCCAGAGCGAGCACUAUUCUCGGAGGUCGUGGUAUUGCUGAAGAUACUAUUAGUAAUGCCAGCUACAAACGCUACCAGUGAGCGCACAUUCUCCGCACUUCGGCGCAUCAAAACAUACUUGCGUUCGACAAUGACCCAAGUGCGUUUGAACAAUCUAAUGAUGUUACAUAUCCACAAGGACAAAACAGAUUCGCUAGACCUGUGUGCGAUUGCUGACGAAUUCGCAACAACAAAAGAGCGACGGCGGUGUGUUUUUGGAAAGUUUAAGUGA